AUGGACUCCAUUGACUCAGAAAUAGCAACUGUGGUUCAGGGAAAGGGGAAGGUAGCUUUCAACACACAGAUUCAGGAUGGAAAGAUCAACUACAAGGCUGUUGGCUCACUGGACCCGAGUGCUGACCUCUCCAGCCAGCGGGGGAAAGUCUUCAAGCUCCGGAAUGAAACCCACCACCUCUUUGUGGGUCUGUACCCGGGGACCACCUACUCCUUCACCAUCAAGGCCAGCACAGCAAAGGGCUUCGGGCCCCCUGUCACCACUAGGAUUGCCACCAAAAUUUCAGCUCCGUCGAUGCCUGAAUAUGACACAGACACCCCACUGAAUGAGACAGACACGACCAUCACAGUGAUGCUGAAGCCCGCUCAGUCACGGGGAGCCCCUGUCAGUGUUUAUCAGCUGGUUGUCAAGGAGGAGCGACUUCAGAAGUCACGAAGGGCAGCUGACCUCAUUGAGUGCUUUUCAGUGCCUGUGAGCUAUAGGAAUGCCUCCAGCCUUGAUUCUCUACACUACUUUGCUGCUGAAUUGAAGCCCGCCAACCUGCCUGUCACCCAGCCAUUUACAGUGGGUGACAAUAAGACAUACAAUGGAUACUGGAACCCUCCUCUUUCCCCUCUGAAAAGCUACAGCAUCUACUUCCAGGCACUCAGCAAAGCAAAUGGAGAGACCAAAAUCAACUGCGUUCGCCUGGCUACAAAAGCACCAAUGGGCAGCGCCCAGGUGACCCCGGGGACUCCACUCUGCCUCCUCACCACAGGUGCCUCCACUCAGAAUUCUAAUACUGUGGAGCCAGAGAAGCAGGUGGACAAUACAGUGAAGAUGGCCGGUGUGAUUGCUGGCCUCCUCAUGUUCAUCAUCAUUCUCCUGGGCGUCAUGCUCACCAUCAAAAGGAGAAGAAAUGCUUAUUCCUACUCCUAUUACUUAAGUCAGAAGAAGCUGGCCAAGAAGCAGAAGGAGACACAGAGUGGAGCCCAGAGGGAGAUGGGGCCUGUGGCCUCAGCCGACAAACCUACCACCAAGCUCAGCACCAGCCGCAAUGAUGAAGGCUUCUCCUCUAGCUCUCAGGACGUUAAUGGAUUCACAGAUGGCAGCCGUGGGGAGCUGUCCCAGCCUACGCUCACGAUCCAGACUCACCCCUACCGGGCUUGUGACCCCGUGGAGAUGAGCUAUCCCCGGGACCAGUUCCAGCCCGCCAUCCGGGUGGCUGACCUGCUACAGCACAUCACCCAGAUGAAGAGAGGACAGGGCUACGGGUUCAAGGAGGAGUAUGAGGCCUUACCAGAGGGGCAGACAGCUUCGUGGGACACAGCCAAAGAGGAUGAAAACCGCAAUAAGAAUCGAUACGGAAACAUCAUAUCCUACGACCAUUCCCGGGUGAGGUUGCUGGUGCUGGACGGAGACCCGCAUUCUGACUACAUCAACGCCAACUACAUUGAUGGAUACCAUCGACCUCGGCACUACAUUGCAACUCAGGGUCCGAUGCAGGAGACUGUCAAGGACUUUUGGAGAAUGAUCUGGCAGGAGAACUCGGCCAGCAUCGUCAUGGUCACGAACCUCGUGGAAGUGGGCAGGGUGAAGUGUGUGCGAUACUGGCCGGAUGACACGGAGGUCUACGGGGACAUUAAAGUCAGCCUGAUUGAGACAGAGCCCCUGGCGGAGUACGUCAUACGCACCUUCACCGUCCAGAAGAAAGGCUACCACGAGAUCCGGGAGCUCCGCCUCUUCCAUUUCACCAGCUGGCCCGACCACGGCGUCCCCUGCUAUGCCACCGGCCUCCUGGGCUUUGUGCGCCAGGUCAAGUUCCUGAACCCCCCCGAGGCCGGGCCCAUCGUGGUCCACUGCAGUGCGGGAGCCGGAAGGACCGGCUGCUUCAUCGCCAUUGACACCAUGCUCGACAUGGCCGAAAACGAAGGGGUAGUGGACAUAUUCAACUGUGUGCGUGAGCUCCGGGCCCAGAGGGUCAACCUGGUGCAGACAGAGGAGCAAUAUGUGUUCGUGCACGACGCCAUCCUGGAAGCGUGCCUCUGCGGCAACACAGCCAUCCCCGUGUGCGAGUUCCGCUCUCUCUACUACAACAUCAGCAGGCUGGACCCCCAGACCAACUCCAGCCAGAUCAAAGACGAAUUUCAGACCCUCAACAUCGUGACUCCCCGAGUCCGGCCCGAGGACUGCAGCAUUGGGCUCCUGCCCCGGAAUCACGAUAAGAACCGGAGCAUGGAUGUCCUGCCUCUAGACCGCUGCCUGCCCUUCCUUAUCUCGGUGGAUGGGGAACCCAGCAACUACGUCAAUGCCACUCUGAUGGACAGCCACAAGCAGCCUGCUGCCUUCGUGGUCACCCAGCACCCUCUACCCAACACCGUGGCGGACUUCUGGAGGCUGGUGUUCGACUACAACUGCUCCUCCGUGGUGAUGCUGAAUGAGAUGGACACUGCCCAGCUCUGUAUGCAGUACUGGCCUGAGAAGACUGCCGGGUGCUACGGGCCCAUCCAGGUGGAGUUCGUGUCCGCAGACAUCGACGAGGACAUCAUCCACAGAAUAUUCCGCAUCUGUAACAUGGCCCGGCCUCAGGAUGGGUAUCGUAUAGUCCAGCACCUCCAGUACAUCGGCUGGCCCGCCUACCGGGACACACCCCCCUCCAAGCGCUCUCUGCUCAAAGUGGUCCGACGGCUGGAGAAGUGGCAGGAGCAGUACGACGGGAGGGAGGGGCGCACCGUGGUCCACUGCCUAAAUGGGGGCGGCCGCAGUGGGACCUUCUGUGCCAUCUGCAGUGUGUGUGAAAUGAUCCAGCAGCAAAACAUCAUUGACGUGUUCCACAUUGUGAAAACGCUGCGUAACAACAAAUCCAACAUGGUGGAGACCCUGGAACAGUAUAAAUUUGUAUACGAGGCGGCACUAGAAUAUUUAAGCUCCUUUUAG